CGUCUUCCACCCUAACGCAUCUCUCCUCCCAAAGAGAGAGAGAUAUUUGGUCCAAAUUCAAUGGCGCCCAAAGCGAAGCCCAAACCCUCGCCGGCGGCCAAAUCCGCCGCCGCUCCAUCGAUUCCAAUCGAGGAUCUAUUCUCUAAUCUCCACCGUCACGUCCAGAACUUCGAGUACGAUCAGGCCGCCAAGGCCGCAGAUCAAGUUCUUGCGGUUGCUCCCGGGGAUGAAGAUGCUGUGAGAUGUAAAGUGGUGGCUUUGAUCAAGAAGGAUUUGAUCGAUAAGGCGCUUGAGGAGAUUCAGAGGUUCAAAUCCCUGCCGAUCGAUCUCAGUUUCUAUAAGGCAUAUUGCCUAUAUAGGCAAAACAAGCUGAAAGAAGCACUUGAGGCGUUAGAAGGUCAGGAAAGAACGUCUACGGUUCUGCAGUUGGAAUCGCAAAUUUUUUACCGCUUAGGAAAAAUGGAUUCUUGCAUGGAAAGCUACGAUAAGCUUCAAAAAUUCAAGAUUGAGUCCUUAGAUUUAAAGACAAAUAUCAUUGCUGCUUUGAUUGCGGCUGGCAGAUCUGCUGAAGUUCAAGGAAUGAUGGAUACUCUCAGAAUUAAAGCAUCUAGCAGCUUUGAACUUGCUCACAACACUGCUUGCUCCUUGAUUGAAAAAGGAAAAUAUGCUGAUGCUGAACAACAAUUGCUUUCAGCUAGAAGAAUUGGCCAGGAAGCACUGAUGGAUGAGGACUAUGGUGAUGAUGAGAUUGAAACUGAACUAGCUCCAAUAUCAGUCCAGCUGGCAUAUGUUCGCCAGCUACUGGGACACACUCAAGAAGCUAUGGAGUCAUAUUUGGGUACGAUAACCCGUGACCUUGCUGACGCCUCAUCCCUUGCUGUGGCUACAAAUAAUCUUAUUGCAUUGAGGGGUACAAAGGAUGCUUCAGAUAGUUUAAGGAAGCUUGAGCGUCACAUAAAGAAAACCGAUGGUGCAGGGCAGUUCCAGCUUGCCAAUAGUCUUGAUUUUAAGCUAUCACAGAGACAGAAAGAAGCUUUAUACUGUAACCGUUUGCUCCUGCUCCUUCAGGCAAAUAAGCUGGAUCAGGCCCAAGAGCUUGCAUCUGCACUUCCAGAAAUGUUCCCGGACAGUGUCACACCUGUUCUUCUUCAGGCUGCUGUUCAUGUGAGAGAAAAGAAAGUUCCAAAAGCUGAGGAGAUAUUAGCACAAUUUGCAGUCAAAUUCCCUGAGAAAUCGAAGCCAGUCCUUCUCGCUCGUGCUCAAAUCGCUGCUGCCGCUGGACAUGCACAGAUCUCUGCCGAGUCCUUAUCAAGAAUACCCGAUAUCCAGCACAUGCCUGCUACUGUUGCCACAUUAGUUACUCUAAAAGAGCGAAUUGGUGACAUAAACGGAGCUGCCACCGUUCUAGACUCUGCAAUCCAGUGGUGGAGAAACUCGAUGACGGAGGACAACAAGCUCAAUGCCAUCGUGAAAGAAGCCGCAUCUUUCAACCUCAACCAUGGACAUGAACAGGAGGCCUCUCAACUGUACGAAGAGCUCAUAAACAGCCAAGGCGGCAGCAUCGAAGCCUUGGUGGGUCUAGUAAUGACAGCAGCACGCACCGACCUUUCAAAGGCGGAAUCAUACGAGAAGAAGCUCAGGGCUUUAUCGGGUCUGAAGGGAAUCAACAUCGAAGCUUUAGAGAAGACUCAUGGGGCAAAACAAGUGGAAGGUGCACAUACGACAAAGAUGGAAGUAUCAGAGGAAGCAAAGAAGGGCAAGGCAAAGAAGAGGAAGAGGAAGCCCAAGUAUCCGAAAGGGUUUGAUCCGGCGAAUCCAGGACCUCCACCGGAUCCCGAGAGGUGGUUGCCGAAGAGGGAGAGAUCGAGUUACCGGCCUAGAAGGAAGGAUAAGAGAGGGCAAGUGAGAGGUUCUCAGGGAGCUGUUGUUAGAGAGAAACAUGAUGCUGUUGCUGCAUCAAAUGCUGCGAGUUCUUCAAAUCAGAAGGCAGGCCAAAGUAAUGCUGGCUCUAGUAAAGGAAAGAACGCUGCAAGUUCAGAGCAGCAGCCUAAGGGCUCUAACAAGAACAAGUCAAGGAAGAAGUCAAGGGCUUAGAGGAGAUGAAAUCUUUUACUGUUUUGAACCAAAUGCUCUAUCGAUUUCUAGGGUUUGCCUUGUUCUUUUAAUCUUGUUGUACUUAGGAUUUUUGGCUGGAACAUUUGGCAUAUUUUUAUGAGUCAUCUGAAUUUUUUUCAGGAUUGAUAUUACUGUGGAUUUUGAUUAUGAAUAGUUGUUUCGCAAAAACAAAGAAACAUCAGGAUUAUGUUUUUUUAAGCUCAAAAACUUUUUGGAUUA